AUGGUGGAUUUAAAAUCUGGUCAAUUAGGUGUUGUUACAGAGACUGGUUAUCAUGAUGGUGUUUUGGGUUUGAUGCAAGAAGGGAAAGCGGAGUUGUGUUUCAUACCAUUGGCACUUGACACUGUAAAAGUACCAGGUCAAUUCACACCCGUUAUAUCAGAAGAAAGCUAUUACAUCAGUUCAAUACGUAAUAUGGGUGGCGGUACUUCAGCUUUCAUUGAUAGUUUUAUUUCAGUAAACACGAUUCCCAUACUAUUAGCUAUUUUAAUAGUUCUGCUAUUGGAAUUGGCUGUUAUCAAACACUUCAACAUUGAAUCGAUUGUCAAAGCUAUCUAUCAAUCCUUUGGUACUUCAUUUUAUCAGAAGUUAUCUCGACAUUCAACAUGGUUUUGCCUCAUUCUUAUGAUUAUCAUAAUGUUUCCUGUUUACAUUUUCAAUGCUUCAUUCAACACUCAAACUAUUGUCGGAACUAAUGACGUUAAAAUUGAUACAUUGAGAGAUGUCAUUACAUAUAACAAGAUACCGUUCUUUUUCGAGGGUAUUUCUAUGUUCGACUUGUUCAAAGCUAAAGUAACUAAGGAUUAUGGUGAUAUUUACGAACAAUCAAAAUCCAAAGGAUAUGAUAAACCAUACAAACUUGGACUUAUUCCUGUUUUCAGACCUGCAGACAGAAUGGUAACUUUCAUCUCUACUCUAGGUGUGAAGAUGGCUCGUCUAGGUUCGGAUGAAAUACACGAGCCUAACCAGGUCCAUCACUUUUCAGAGCGACCCUUUCACAGGUCUGUACAAGCUUUGCUCUUGAGCUUUGAAACUCCCGAGUCAAUAAAGAGAAGGAUUCAUCUUAUAUGUCAAAGAUUAGCUCAAGCCACAAUCGCCAAGAAAAUAGAAGCUGAUGUCUACAUUGAAUCUAUUCUAAGCUUUUAUCCUGCAAGUUUAUUCGACUUUCACAAAGCGGAAAUUCCACAAAAUUCAAUCGAAGUUAACUGGAAAUCUUUAAACUACAAUACAUUUUGUGAAAUAUUUUAUGGAUACAUUUUAUUGUUAGUGUUGGUAUUAAUAUUACAACUUAUUGAGCUCCUAAAUGUCCUGCUAUUCAAGCGUUAAGUUCAUUGUAAAUGAAAACUGAAUUGCUCGAACGCUG